GACCUCAAUUGAAGGGAUAAAGUUCUCACCAGCAGCCACUAAUCUGCUUCCUCAUCUUAUCUUCCCGUUCUCAAUACAAAGCACUUUCCCUUUCCUCACUUCAGCCACAGAUCACAGAUUGCGGAUUCCUAGAUCCACAUCCCACCAAUGGCCGCCGUGUCGUGUUCCGCAGCAACGCUCUCCGCGUGCGCCGCCGCCGUUUCGUGCUCCGGCGCGAGGAGGCAGCCCCGAGUGCGGUUCCUGGAAGGCCUGAACUCGUUCUCGGGGCUCAAGGCCGACAACGAGGUGUCGUCGCUUGGCCGGCCGGCGUGCGCCGCCCGAUGCUUCGCGGAGCUCGCGACCGCUCUGCAGGCGCCGUCCAGGGGCGGGCGGAGCGGCGGCGGGGCGCUAUCGGCGACCUGCAACGCCGCGGGGGAGAUUUUCCAGAUCGCGGUGAUCAUGAACGGGCUGGUGCUGGUCGGGGUCGCGGUCGGGUUCUUGCUUCUGCGGGUGGAGGCAUGGGUGGAGGAACAAGAGUAGAGAGUACGGACGUGCUGCAGCUUUUCUUCCCCGUAUGUUAAAAUGGUGGAAAGUGUUAACCAUGUAAUCUGUUGAAUAACUAAAAAUCGAUUUUUAAUGAAUGUAAGAAAUUUCUUGAACCGGAGCAUUAAAAGGAUGGGAUAUUCAAGGUAGGUUCUUCCAAA